AUGUGUGGGUCGCCGGACGGCGCGGCGCGAGUAGCAAUGGAAGGCCCGCGCAGUGCGACCGCCGGCGCGGCGUUGUCGCUGGUCAUGAUGGCGGCGACUGCCGGCGCCUACGUCUUCUCGUACGACGCUGACAUCUUCAGGACGACGUGCGAGCUAGCGGCCACGGCGGGCUACCACUGCGAGGAGCACGUGGUGCGCACGCGUGACGGCUACCUGCUGGCGCUGCACCGCCUGCCCCCCAAGCCGUCGGCCGGCGCGCGCCGCGGGCCGGUGUUGCUGGUGCACGGCAUCCUGGGCGCCUCCGACAACUGGAUCCUAGCAGGACGCGGCGAAGCGCUCGGAUACCUCCUGGCGGACGAAGGCUUCGACGUCUUCAUGGCAAACUUCAGAGGGAACUUCUACUCAAGAAGACACGAAUCGCUGUCUCCUGACGAUCCUGCCUUCUGGAGGUUCAGCUGGCAGGAGAUGGGCGAGCACGACCUGCCCGCUAUGCUGGCCGCGGCGCGCCGCCUGUCGCGCUGGUCCGGCGCGCCGCUAGUGGUGUCGCACUCGAUGGGCGCGGCGGCGCUCUCCGUGCUCAUGUCGGGCCCGCGCGGGGCUUCCCCGCCAGCCCCUUUCCACAGCCGCGGGGCUCCCCCGCCGGGACACGGCCUCGCCCGAGGGGACUCCUCGACGGCGGUACGCGCCGCGGUCUGCCUGGCGCCCGCCGUCUUCCUGGCUCCGCCGCGCCGACCCUUCGGCCACCUGCUGCUAGAGUACUUUCCGGGCGUGGCGAUGGCGAUGGAGAGAGUGAACAAGUUCGAGCUGCUCCCCCGCACGCCUAGCAUGGCGCGCCUGUUCGAGUCUUUUUGUUCGCCACGUGCCGCCACGCACAGCUACUGUGUCGCCCUCUUCUCCUACAUCAUGGGACACGACCUGCCGCAACUGGACCAGGAUCGACUGCCGUCCAUACUGACGCACAUCUUGUCGGGCACGUCGACACGUACUGUCAUCCACUUCGUGCAGAAUCACAAGGCCGGAGGUGCAGCGCUUCUACGAGCUGCUGCCGCGGCGCAUCGGGAUGUUCCGCGUGCCUUACGACAACUUCACCCACAUCGACUUCCUCAUCGCCAGGGACCAGCGCAGGCUCCUCAACGACCGUGUCGUCGACAUACUGAAGCGCUACUGACACGACUGCUGGUCAGUACCGGCCUCGCUGGAUCACUUCUUCGUUUCGUUGCCAACAGGCUGUCCAGCCGUCUAGUUAUGGAAGUAUACCAAUUAAUUCAUUCCAUCUGUGUGCAGCCGUCGUAUACGCUCCUUUGUCGCACAAUAUCGUUCAGUUAACGUUCAUACUACCACAGUCAUAAAGCUUUUAUCACCACAUCGGAAACAUAAAAAAACAUUUGAUUUAUUUAUUUGUAGGUACAUGUCCAUGUCGUUGUACGGACUGAAAUUCUAGCGUCAGUGUAGCAUGCCUGAGAAGAACCCAUUGACUAAGUGGCGUGUCAUGGGGUAGUUCCAUCUGGAUUGGCCUGACAUAGCUGAAACUUUUCCCCUGCUGCCUAUAACGAACUAUACCAUUACAAAUGAAAUGUAUUCGCAGUUGGAGUGUGGCCAAUCAUCAGCUUUGUAAUGGAAUGACAACAAUGGAAAUUUGUGCUGGACGGAGACCCGAACCCGGAUUUCUCAUUUAUCCCGAGUGGCUACCUUACCAUAAGGCUAUCCGAAUACGAUUCACGGCCAGUCUCAAACUUCGUCGUGUCAUCAAUCGUGUAUCUACAGCCUGCUCUAGAACAUCCAUUAUGUAUAUUCCCGUACAGAGGACACAUUUCAAUUGAAAGAAAUCCGGAUUCGACACAAAUUUUGAGUGUCGUCAUUCCAUUACACAGCUGACGGUUGUCCAUAUUCGCAACUGCAAAUGUUUCACGUAUUUCAUAACCGCCACAGUGUGUCUUCCUUCAGACACAUAUGCAUGUCCGAAGGAACAGAGUAUUGUACUUGUGACAACACUGUCACUAGAAUAUCGUACACCAUUAUAGUCCACGUUAGCAGUGGGCUGUACCAUUACGUUUUGCGUCUUCUGGCGUCACACUGCGGUUCUGUGACGCGGGGUUUUUGAUGUAUACCAGGACUGCAGACAUGUAUCUACAAGAAAACAAAAAAAAUAAUUAUGUAAUUUUAAUUUUUCGAGGUGACAGUUAAAACUUUAACUACACC